UUGAAUAGAAGGAAACGGCGGUCAGUGACUUUUCCUUCCCCUGAAAGAGAAUUUCCUCCUGAGCGCUCGAACUCUCAUUUGAGCUCAGAGAAACUCGCCAACCAGUAACAUGGAGAAGCUCUUUCUCCUCUUAUUAACACUGGAGCGGUUUUCUGCAUUGAGUGGCUUUCUGAUCGAACACACUAAUAAAGGCUUGUGUCUGAGCACCGGUCCGAGUGUAGUGGUCCUGAGUAGGUGUAAUGAGAGCGACCCGUUUCAGCAGUGGAUGUGGACCAGCGGCAGGAGACUUAAUCAUAAGCUGGAGUCCAGAUGUCUGUGGGUCGAUCAGAGAGCUGCCGUCCCGCGCCACGCUCGCCUGGCCAAACUCAGCGACUGUGACACCGCGCCAGCGUGGAAGUGCUACGACAACAGAGGGAUCUUUGGAUUGGCAGAGACGCCGAUGUUCCUGAAAAAGCAGGGAAUGCGGGUGGUUGUCCGCUCUGGGCAAAGGUACUCAAACUGGUCUAUGAUGACGGUGGACUCUGAGGGGAGACGGGUGACCACGUCUCUCUGCCCCGCCACAGGCCCAUCCACAGUUUCAACAGUGAAAUCCACUGGGGAAAUUACCACUCUGACAGUCCCUCUCAUUACUCAAAGCGGAGCAGUGACCCACCACAGCAACACCGUCAGAAGCAGAACUAAACGGACCGCUACCUCUGGUCUAGAUGAUCUGAUGACAUUCACAGCCGAAACAGACCUUAAGGAGAACCACACUGAAACGCUGGAGACAGAAUCACCCUACGAUGGGACAGAUGUGUCCUCCACCGCUCUGAUGGUGACCGGAACCCUUCGUGAACCUCAGAACUUCACCCAGAAUAUGCUUCACAUGAGCUCAGAUGAUCCGGAGCAGACCCAUGACCCUCUGAUUUCUCAGACAGAGUUCAUGUUGUCCACGACAGAUGCUGAGCCUUUAGUUUCCUCUGAUGCAAGCACUGAAACUCAGACUGAUUCUCUCACAGAAGCGUCAGAAGGUAACAGCAUCAGCACUGAGGCACAUCAUGCAUUGACUGAGAGCUCAACCAGAAGUUUACCAGUGUCAAACACAGAUGGCGCGUGGACAAAUGCCACAACCAAAAGCUCAAAGAUCAUCAAAGACGUUCAGACCAUGUUGCCAUUCAAAACCAGAACGACCCGAGCAAUUACUGAAGUUCUUACCGAUACGGAUACUAGAUCUGCUCCAAAUACAGCCACCACUUCUCCUAAAGAUAGAGCGAGUACAUCGACCACCCCGACAGCCCCGUACACAUCUACACCUGCCCUGAACACAGACACAUUCACAUCAGCGACUGCAGAAACUACAACUUCAACUACGACUACAGAUUCAACUACAACUACAGCUUCAACUACAACUACGACUACAGAUUCAACUACAACUACAGCUUCAACUACAACUACGACUACAGAUUUAACUACAACUACAACUACGACUACAGAUUCAACUACAACACCUACAACUUCAACAACUGCGACUACAGCUGUAGAAAUGUCCACAUCUACCACCGUCAUCAUCACCGCUGCUGCUCCGAGCACCACAGCAUCACUUCCACCAUCUACAGUCACUCCUACUGCGGCCUCCACAUCGACGCUUGAAACGACGGAGGCCGUUGGGUGUCUGGUGAACGUAACUGCAACGAGUAUUCAUAUGGAUUAUUGUGUGAUCAAUUUCACAACACCUGGAAAAUCCUGCAGCUUCAUCAUGGCCAACACUUCUCACUUCACAAGCUGUUCUGAAGACACGGAGCGACCCAACCAUUACACAUGCCUGAUAAAGGGUCUGAUUCCCGGAGAUACCUAUGUGUUUGAGAUCAUUUCUCAGAUAGGUGGCGCUCGCUUGAACGUUACAGUUCAAACCGCUCCUGCCCCCGUCACAUCAUUGACUCUGCAGAGCGACGGCAGUCAGGACUCUCUUAAAGCCGUCUGGAUUCCUGCAGUCGGAUUCGUGGACUCCUACCAGCUCUCUCUGUCUUCCCCCGGCUCCUCUGAGCUGGCCCUUACCCUUCCUCAAAACACGUCUCAGUGGGUUUUUAGCGGCUUGACACCCGGAAACGUUUAUCAGGUGUCGGUGAAGACAAAGAGUGGAGAACUAACAGCUGAGACCAGGAAGACAGGAAGAACAGCUCCAGGACGGGCGGCUCAUCUGAAGCUGGAGGCCCUGAAUGAGAAGAGUCUGCGCUUGUCCUGGUCUCCUCCUGACGGCAGCUGGGAUUUCUACCGGAUCCUGCUGUUCAAUGGCUCAUCUGUGCUGAUGAACCGCACCAUUGACAGGAGUCUGCUGGAGUUCAGCUUCACCAACUGGACUCUGAUUCCAGGCCGACUGUACAGAGCGUCCGUCAGCGUGGAGAGCGGAGAUCUGAGCUCAGCCACAGACUGCCAUGGGAGAUUAGCUCCCCGGCCCGUUCAGUUGCUGAACAUCCGUCACAGUAGCGAGACGUCUCUGAGCGCAGUGUGGACCCGUCCUGUCGGCGAGUGGGACAACUACACCGUCCUGCUGAGGGACGGAGACACGACCGUGGACAGAAGGACAUUAGAUCAUGAUGUUCAGCAAUUCAGCUUCAACAAUCUGAUGCCUGGACACACCUACACGAUCACUGUGACAACCAAUAGUGGAGAUCUGAGUAGCUCUGCCCACGUCAAAGGAAACACCAUCCCUGCACAGGUCACACACCUGCAGGUCAGCAAUCAGGGCAGCACAGAUGCUCUGCAGGUACGCUGGGACAGGGCGAUCGGAGAGGUGGAUCUGUACCGGGUGCUGCUCAUCCACAACAGCGUGGUCAUGAAGAACGAAAGCGUGCCGCCCAACGUCACCUCCUACCACUUUCAGGGCCUGCGAUCUGGUGCUCUGUACAGGACGGUGGUGACCACCAUGCACAGGAACGCCCUCUCACGCCAGACGGUGGCUGAUGGACGCACAGUUCCAGCCGCUGUGAGAGAUGUGACGGUGAGCAACAAUGGGCGCAUGGACUUCCUGAGUGUGUCGUGGAGGGCAGCUGAAGGAGACGUGGACAGUUACUCUGUCACUCUGAGAGAUCAGGAGAGAACGGUUCAUACGCUCAAGUCCAGUACGGAGUGUGUUUUUAAGUCUCUGGUGUCUGGACGUCUCUACAACAUCUCCGUCACCACCCACAGUGGAGAGUUUGAAAACCACACCAUGGUUCAGGAGCGUACACAACCUUCCACAGUGUUGAACCCUACAGCCACACACAUGGCUCGUGAUGACCAUCUGAAGGUUUACUGGCGCCACGCGGCUGGAGACUUUGACUACUAUCAUGUCUCCAUCAAGCACAACAACAUCUUCCACCAGAACAAGACGGUCCCCAAGACUCAGAAUGAAUGUGUGUUCAGUGAGCUGGUACCAGGCCGACUCUAUACUGUGAUUGUCAGUACAUGGAGUGGGAAAUAUGAGUCUAGUGUCUCAACUCAUGGAAGGACAUUGCCAGCAGGAGUAAGGAACCUCUCACUAGCUGACAGUGGCACAGAGGAUCUACUGGUGACGUGGGUUUCUGCUCCUGGAGAUGUUGACCAUUAUGAGGUUCAGCUGCUGUUUAAUGACAUGAAGGUGUUUCCACCCAUCACACUGACCAGCAGCACGAACAGAUACCUGCUCUCAUCACUCACUCCUGGAAGACUCUACAAAAUUGUGGUGUCCACCUUCAGUGGACCAAACCUCAGUGUGCAAGUUAUCAAAGGCAGAACAGUUCCCAGUAAAGUGAAGAACAUUCAUAUCAGUAAUGACGGUCAGAGCAGCAGUCUGAGAGUGAAUUGGACUCCUGGACAGGGUGAUGUGGACCAGUACACUGUGUCCCUGUCUCAGAUGGGCGGUCGGGCUGAGGAGAGACCAGUCCAUAAACAUGUGAAUGAGAUGAGUUUCCAGGGUCUAUUGCCGGGACAGCAGUACACAAUAACCAUUACAUCAAUCAGUGGAUCUCUUAUCAAUAACAGCACAGAAACAGGACGAACAGUUCCCUCCUCGGUGACGGCUCUACAGGUGGAGAACCAGCGCAGCACGUCCAGUCUGUUGGUGUCGUGGCAGGCGGGUCAAGGAGUGUACGACAGCUAUCGGCUGCAGCUUCUGGAUGAGAGGGGAACUCUGGUGUCUAAUAGCUCUCAAACCGCAGAAACCAGUCAGUAUUAUUUCAGACAGCUCACUCCAGGGAAAAAAUACCAAAUCCUGAUGCAGACCAUCAGCGGAGGAAUCAGCAGCAAAGAUGUCAUUGCUGAGGGCAGAACCAGCCCAGCAUCUGUCAAUAACCUGUCCGUUUUAAGCAACACGACCACAAGCCUGUCGUUCCACUGGGCUCCGCCGGACGGGGAGUUUGAUGCAUUUGAUGUUUUUCUGUAUAAUGGAGAUGAAAGCUUGCAUGAUAAGAAACCCGGAAUAAUGACCAUGCAGGACUGUUCUUUCCAUAACCUUCGACCUGGGACGCUGUACAAGGUGGUUGUUGUGACCCGCAGUGGAGAUCAGACCAACGACACAUCAAUCUGGGCCCGGACAGUUCCUGCGGCUGUGACGUUCUUGCGUGCUGACAGCAAAAGAAGCUCUGAGAGUCUGUGGUUGAGCUGGAAGCAGGCCGGGGGUGAAGUGAGCAGCUACACCCUCCUGAUCUACAACCCCAAUGGGACUCAAGAAGCAAAGCAGAGUCUGGGACCAGAGAGCAGAAGUCAUGUGUUUCAGAGCCUGGUGUCUGGACGACUCUACCAGGCGGUUGUCCUUACACACAGUGGAGAUCUCACUAACAUGGCAACUACUAACGGCAGGACGGACCCCAGGCCACCAGUCUCGUUCUCCUUUGGAGAGAUCACUAACACCUCACUGGAGAUGACCUGGAGUGGUCCAGAAAACACAGAUUAUGAUGACUUUGACCUUCAGUGGAGCCCCAGGGACCAUCUGUCUGUGUUCAACCCCUACCACAGGCCCACAUCCGGCAAUCGUAUCCUUAAAGGGAUGUACCCCGGCCGGCAGUACAACAUCAGCCUGCGUACGGUCAGUGGUGCUGGAACCAACAACCCCGCCUACAGCCUUCCCAUCUACAGGAGCAUCAGGACAAAGCCCGAGCGUGUUCAGAGUCUGCACUGCCGUCCUCAGAACUCCACAGCCAUUUCCUGUUCCUGGAAUCUGCCAGAAUCUGACUUUGACUCGUACAGCAUCGAGUGCUCAAGAAAGGACUCUCAGAAAAUGGUGUACUCACAGCGUACAGUCAAAGAGAACACUGUCUAUCUGAUCAAAGAUCUGGAGCCUCAUAAACAGUACAUGGUCUCCGUCAAAGUCAUCUCUGACAGCAUGACCAGCGAAGCGGUCAUGGAAAAUGUGGUCACAAUGAUAGACCGUCCACCUGUGCCCUCGAUUCGAGUUGAUGGGAAUACAGUUCAGAUCACCAAGUCAACCAUAUUCUUCCAGUUCAACUGCAGCUGGUUCAGUGAUAUCAAUGGCGCUGUGAAAUUCUUUACCAUCAUCGUAACUGAAUCUGAUGAUCCAGACAGUGAAAACCAGCAGCCAUACCAACAUCAUCCUCUUCCCUCAUACCUGGACUACAAAUCCAACAGCUCUGUCAAAGCGUAUCAGACCAAUUACUUCCGUAGCCACUGUGACGAGAGCCAGAGCACAAUGCAGGAGUUUGAGAUUCAUCUGGGAUCAGGCAUGGAGAGUCUCGGAGGACGGUGUGAUCAGAAAGAACCACUGACUGAUGCAGCUCAGGAUCAGUCGAUCUUCUGCGAUGGGCCAUUGAAACCCAAGACAGCAUACAGACUCAGUGUUCGAGCGUUUACAAAACUGUUUGAUGAGGAUCAUGAGGACUUUCUCUCUCCACUCUACACUGAUACGUACCUAUCCAAGCCCUUCAUGACAGAUGCAGAGCCGUUGACUGGGGUCAUCGAAGGGGUCAGCGCUGGACUCUUCCUUAUCGCCACCAUGGUGGGAUUAAUUGUCCUGCUCAUCUGCAGACAGAAAGUCCACAAAAUGAGUGCACAAGAGCCUGUGGUCAGAAUGAGUUUGAGAAGAGAAAGACCAUCUACAGGAACACACGUCAUUGUUAGAGGGAACCGCCGUGUCUCGAGCCCCAUCAGUAUCUCAAAUUUUGAGGCACAUUUAACUAAACUUCGAGCAGAUUCAAACUACCUCCUUUCUGAGGAAUACGAGGACCUGAAGGAUGUUGGUCGAAACCAACCACAAGACUCUGCGUUAUUGCCUGAAAACAGAGGCAAAAAUCGCUACAACAAUAUACUGCCCUAUGAUUCCACUCGGGUGAAGCUGUCCUACGUUGACGACGACUCCUGCUCGGAUUAUAUUAAUGCCAGCUAUAUUCCUGGCAAUAACUUUAGACGGGAGUACAUCGCGACUCAGGGUCCUUUACCCGGCACUAAAGACGACUUCUGGAAGAUGGUCUGGGAGCAGAAUGUGCACAACAUAGUUAUGGUGACUCAAUGUGUUGAGAAAGGAAGGGUAAAGUGUGACCAUUACUGGCCGUUCGAUCAGGAGGCGCUGUACUACGGCGAUCUGAUAGUCCAGAUGCAGUCGGAGUCUGUGCUUCCGGAGUGGACCAUCCGAGAGUUCAAGAUCUGUAAUGAGGAACACCUGAGCUACUCCAGAGUCGUGCGUCAGUUCCACUACACUGUGUGGCCGGAUCACGGCGUGCCAGAGAUCACACAGUCGCUCAUUCAGUUCGUGCGAACCGUGAGAGACUACAUCAACCGGACGCCCUUCUCUGGAGCCACUGUCGUGCACUGCAGUGCUGGAGUGGGCCGCACCGGGACCUUCAUCGCUCUGGACAGAGUCCUUCAGCAGCUGGACACCAGAGACACGGUGGACAUCUACAGCGCUGUGUUCGAUCUGAGGCUUCAUCGCACACACAUGGUGCAGACGGAGUGCCAGUACUCGUACCUCUAUCAGUGUGUGCGAGACGUGCUUCGGGCCAGAAAACUGCGCAGUGAACAGGAAAACCUCUUAUAUCCCAUCUAUGAAAAUGUGCAUCCGGAUCAGCACAGAGAUGUGAUCUACUCCAAACGCUGAUCUGCAGGAGGAUACAAACAAACACUUUAUUGUCAAACACAUUUGUAAAAACUGAUCUGAAAUUAAUGUAAUAUGAAGGUAAUAUGCUAUGUUUAUACCUAGAUGUAACAGAAUUAUAUAAUGUACAUAUGUUAUUCGAUAUUAAUUCAGAGUCUAUGCUAAUUCUUGCAUAAUAUAAUGCGCAUCACUAAUUAAAAGUUGUAGCUUAUUUUAUAUGAAUAAAAACAUUAUGAAACAA